GUAUAUUAAGAUUUUAUUCUUUUUACUCAACUGACUUAAUAAAAAUAAUACUUAAUAGAGCAAAAAAAUAUUAAUCAAAUUAUGUUUAUAAUUUAAUAAAAAUUUUGAAAACGUUUUUGCUCAAAGGUUAGGUCACCUGCACUAAUUUAACAUACCACUCAUUCGAAAUAUUUGCAUAAAAAAGUAUUAAUAAUUGAAAAAAUGAAUAAAGACUACGAAAAUAAAGUAGUCGUUCUAAAGAGUAAGAUAAAAAGCUUUCCCGAUUUUCCAAAAAAGGGAAUCUUAUUCUGGGAUAUAUUUUCGGCAAUAUCAGAUGGCAACAUAUGCAAACUAUUGCAAUCACUAUUAGUUGAUUGUAUACGUACGAAAUUCCCUGACGUAGAAGCUGUAGUUGGACUAGAAUCUCGAGGAUUCCUGUUCUCUUUCUCGCUUGCUUCAGAAUUAGGAAUCAGCUGUCUUUCAGUCAGGAAGAAGGGAAAGCUGCCAGGAGAUGUUAUAUCUUAUGAAUAUGACUUAGAAUACGGUUCGGACACAUUGGAAAUCCAAAAAGAUAAAAUACGGCCAGGUUUAAAAUGUCUGCUAGUUGAUGAUUUAAUAGCAACUGGCGGUUCCAUAACGGCCGCGACAAAAUUACUGCAAACAUGCGGUGCCAAAGUUCUUGGCUGUCUGGUCAUCAUUGAACUUAAAAGUUUGAAAGGAAGAGAGAACAUUCCUGAAGGUAUACCAGUGCAUUCCUUGAUUCAAUAUGAAUAGGAGUUGAAGUAUGAUAUUUCAUAUGAUAUUUCACACUACAGUUAAGAAAAUUUGUGAGUCAAAUCUAGAUCUAGUAGAGAUCUAGACGUUUUUUGGUAUAUAAUGAUAAUGACAUUUUUGUGACAAUUUAAUUGUUAUUCAAUAUUAAUUUAAGUUUCUGUAGUUCAAAAUUUCCUUUUUUUGCGAUGUAUAUACAUAUCUGUUAUUGCUUUCCUUUUUUUUUGUAAUAUUAUUAUAUUAUUAUGGGGUAGUUUAUGUGCAUACUUAAUGUAGAGUAUGGAAAAGUUAAUUUAAUUAAAGACCGUUACUAAUGAAGCAAUGUCAGCAUUCUCAAAUUUCUUUAAAAUGAUGUGAGCAAUCAAGCUCAUGGUAUGGUUUGAUACAGUUUUCAGGUACAUUGGGUAACAACCACGUACCUGUUUACUUAUACUGCAUAGCUUUUAUGCAAUUCAUUAGAGGAUAAAAAACACUGUUUGUAUAAUUGUAAGUUCAACUUAGCUUCCUACAGUUGACUGCAGUUUUCGCAUUGUAAUGUCUACAUAUAAUAAAAACUGGAAGGCAUAAUAAGUAUAGACAAAAUACUUAAGUACCAUUGUCUCGUUUUUUUUUUUUUUGUUUAAUUUUUUAUUUAUUUAUGAUCAUCGGUUACAGGGCUUAGCAUAAAUAUAAUUUCUACAUACCGAGCAUGCAAAAGCUUACAAUAUUCUGUAAUAUGAAAAAUUUUCUGACGCAAAAUGAAGUGAAGUUGAUAGAUAAAUAUCUACAACUUAAAGGUCGCCACACAAAUUAGACAUGAGUUCUAAGGCCUCAGUUUUUACAGUACAACGGCCGCCCGCCAUUUAAACCGAAGC